AUGGGGGGAGCUGUGGGCACCGAAAGAGGAAGGAGCCGGGAGGGGGCAUCUGCUGGGAAGCGGCUAGCCCCACCCCUUGCCUGCUGGCUCAAUGCCGCUGGCCUGCUGCCCCUCACCAGCUCCCGGCCCGGUUGGCACCUACCCACCAGGAUGCUGGCAGUCCUGCCCUCCUCUCCCUCCUACCCCCCUGGCUCCCAGCGCCCCAUGCCAACUGUGGGCCUCGGCCUCUAUCUCUCCCAGUCCACCUUAACUCGAGCUCCGCCCCCGACCCCCAUCCAGCCCUCCGCCGCUACUCCGUCCCGCCCCCUGCACUCCACCUCCCGGCCCGCCCAUUGGCCUGAACACCCGCCCAUCCCAAGCCUGGACUGGAACUGGGAACUGGAGGGCAGGUGUGGGCUCUCCAAGGGCCCUCCAGGGGAUCGGGGAGCGUCCAAGAUCCGCACGUUCAGUUGGUCUUCAGGCGACCAACUAGACCUUAAUUUUGUGUGGCAGGAGGUGGGUAAAUACCCGGAGACUGGAAGCGGCGCAUCAGCUUCGGCGCCCACCUCUUCCCCGCUCUCCGCCUUCCCCCGGCUGCCUCCGCUUCCCUCGAAAAACCCGCCGCCCAGGAAACCGCUGGGGGCGCUCAGACCGCAGCCCUGCCGCCCCCCGGCGCCCCCACCGCGACCGCCCAACCCACCUGAAGGAGCCGUGGCUGCCAGGGUUGCCCCCCUCCCGCCGACUCCCCCCACACCUGCGGGCUGCACUAUUUAUAACUCGGCGCCUAUUCCGGGCCUCUGGGCGGGAGCCCGGUGUCGCGCAGCGCUAAUCGUCGCCGGGAUCUCUGCGCCCCCCAGGGCCGGGGGAGAUAAAUUUAGCCUCAGGAAGCUCGGGGGAACAUUUUCCAAAACUCCACGUCCCAGAGAAGGCGAAACUGAACCCCUCUGCCCUCAGCCUCCUCCGGACAGCCACCAGGCGGCGCAGGUCCCCCGGCUCGAGAAGCCGGGUCGCUGCUUUGAAGCUGGGCUUCUGCACACCACUGACGGUCUUAUAUUCGACGUAAUCAGCUGGGAAUCCUGGAUAUCAGGCCGCUCCUCCGCAUGCUGUCGUACUUGGGGGUCACUUCCAGUUCUGCCUGGUCUCCUUCCCUGUUUUACCUCGCCCAGUCCCCUACCCCUUGUGGCCACUAGAGGGCUCCGGGGCGCCGAAGGGACCUUCUCACUGCUGUGCCCUGGGGCUCUGAAGGCACCAGGCAAGAACACUGACCUGCAUUUUGUGGAUGUCUAAAGAGGGGCUGCCAGGGAUAAGAAAUAACCUUAAGUUGGAGUACUAUAGAGUACCAUACUGAUGUACAAAAGAAUGGGCAGGCUCUAAAUAUACUGAUGUGGACUCCUGUACGAGGUAUGUGAAGGGAAGAUAGCAAGGUACAGAACAGGGUAUAGAGUAUGUUAUUAACUAGAAGUAUGAGUAUAUGUAAGUGCAGCCACUUCUCCCUACUGCUAUUGCUGUAAGCCUGCUCUGAGCCACCAACAUGUCUGGCCCCGAUUGUGCCCAUGACCUCCUAAAAGGUCUCUACUAUCCUACCCUUGGUCCUCUAAAGUCUAUUCUCAACCCAGCAGCCAGUGUGAGCCUUUUAAAUAAAAAAUCAGUUUAUGCUCAACUGCCUGCAACAGUUCCUCAUUUUACUCAGCAUAAAAUCUCAAGUUCUUACCAUGGCCUACUAGGCCUGCCUCCACUCCCAUCCUUAGCUUGACUUUCUCUUUUUCUAUAGAACCUAUCACCUAGUAACAUCAAUGUACUUAUUUUUUAAUGUUUAUAUUUUAUUUUCUGUCUCUACCCACCAGAAUGUAAACUCCAUGAAUACAGGGAUCUAUUUUGUUCACUGCUGUAUUCAAAUCAGCCAGAUUGGCAUAUAGCAGAUGCUCAAUAAUAUUUGUUAAAUGAAAGAAUAAAUGUUUUGCUAUUUGCAAAAACAUGGAUGAACCUGGAAGGUAUUAUGCUUAAUGAAUAAGUCAGACAGAGAAAUACAAAUACUGUAUGUUAUCACUUACAUGUGGAAUCUAAAAAAUAAAACCAAUGAAUGAAUAUAACAAAACAGAAUGGACUCACAGAUAUAGAGAACAAGCUAGUGGUUACUAGUGGAGAGUGAAGGGGGAGGGGCAAGACAGAGGUAGGGGAUUAAGAGGUACAAACUACUGUGUAUAAAAUAAA